AUGCAGGGUGAGUUGGCUGACGUACUUCUCAUCCGUGGCCUCGCAGAGCCUGAGUCUCGACUCGCAUGUCUCAGUCGGUGCUCGGCUCAGCUGCGAGUGCUCGCUGCCGAUCCUCAAGUCUCUGAAGAUGAUCCACUCACGAGACGUGAAAACACUUUUUGGUUGGACGACGAGGAGGGCGGCGAGGCCGAUCAAGCGAUCGGCAUCCACUUGGACUCGAAGAGGAAAUCGAAAAAGGAUGAAUGGGGCCUAGAAACUGGGACUGCCAGACAUCUUUUCUUCUCAUCGCCUCACCUUUCCAGUUUACCCGAAAUUCUCACUCGGCUGGCCGUCUUUGAACCGCUAAUCUGGCCGGUUCAGACAGUCUCGAGCCGACCGGAGGUCACUUUCAUCCGAAUCAGCACCGCCAUCCGGUAG